GACGUAGGUGACAACAACCGAUUGAAGCAAAACCAAACGUUUACCUUUUUAGUGGAACUGUUUUAUUUACUGCUACCAUCGAUGACCAUUAUUAAAUGUUGCCCAUCCCCUCAAAAGUAGCAUUCCUGUUUCACGCUGGACGAUGAAAAGUACGAAAACAAAAAAAAAGCGGUGUAGUCUGUCGUGCGCAUCAUGCGUCAUGACGUAGAGGAUGUGAGUGGCUGUAGUUGCUGUCCGAUUGCUUUGGAAAAGUGGUGCUGUGAAAACAAUCCACUAUUUGCCGAACGACCUAAUGUAAUCGACUGAAAGGUGGCAGAUAUUUUCGGCCACGCCAAGGAUCCGUUCAAUCUCGCUUCUGCUUCGAGUCGUUUGGGUGCACGUGGAAACUUCGAGGCCUGCUAAGGUUAGCCUAGCCUAGUUUGGCCGCUAACAAAGAGGACGGACAACGCGCCUGGGAUCAACACGUCGCCGAGCAAGCAAACAUCAAGUCCCAAAAUGUCAGAUGUCAGUCAAGCGCAUCAUCCUGAAUGCCAGGAGUCUCCUCGCAUAGAGGAAGAAUUCGUCCACAUUAAAGAGGAUCAGGAGGAGUAUUUCAAUAGAGUGGAGAACCCCCACAUUGAGGAGCAGCAGCAACCUCAUCCCCUCGAAAAGGAGGGGGAGGACCAUCCAAAUGUUAAAGUGGAGGUGGUGGACAUCCCCAAGUGGACUGAUGAGCCCUUGAAGGGUGAAGAUGGAGGUCCGAGUGAGGCCAGCAGACGGGCGGAGCCUCCAAGUGGCAGCAGCAGCAGCAGCAGUUCAAAAGAAGGAUCCCAAGCAGACAACCUCAUCGCUCGACCAUCAGAGAGUGACAAUUUCACAUCACACUCCCUGCUCUCUUUCAGAAAAUAUCUUGGUGCUAAGCGGCAGGAGCCAGUAUCUCCUGGUGUUAAAGAGGAUGUUGAGCUCCCCCAAAUCAAAGAGGAGGAGCCAGAGCCCUGUCAACAUAAGCAAUUUUCAUUCAUAAAGGAGGAGGAGCAGGAGAUGCCAUAUUUUAAAGAGAAGGAAGCUAUCACCACGUUGACUGGUGAGCCCUUGCAGAGUGAAGAUGUUCCGAGUGAGGCCAGCAGAGGGGCGGAGCUUCCAAGCGGCGACGGCGGCAGCAGUAGCUCAACAGAAGGAUUGCAAGCAGACAUUUUCUUCGCUCCAUCAGACAGAAAUGACGCCACGUCACACUCACCUAAAAAUGAUGAUAUUCAUAAGAUAUCUCACCGUGACAACAAACUCUGUAAAUGCCCUCAGUGUGGGAAAACCUUUGUUAAUAAGUAUAACUGUCGCACGCAUAUGAGGAGCCACACUGGUGAGAAACCUUUUUCCUGCUCAGUUUGUGGUCAAAGAUUCACUCAGAAAAGCACCUUAAACACACACACAAGAACCCAUACUGGUGAAAAACCAUUUUCCUGCUCUGUUUGUGGUCUAACAUUCAAUCACAAGAACAUCUUACAAAUACACGAAAGAACCCACACGGGAGAAAAACCUUACUCCUGUUCAGUUUGUGGUCAACGAUUCAGUCGCAAGGGCAACUUACAAACACACGAAAGAACCCACACCGGAGAAAAACCUUUUUCCUGCUCAGUUUGUGGUCAAAGAUUUGCUCAAAAGCAACACUUGAAACUGCACACAAGAAACCACACCAGAGAAAAACCUUUUUCCUGCUUGUUUUGUGGUCAAAGAUUCGCGCGGAAAGGCUACUUAACACAACACAGACGAACCCACACUGGAGAAAAACCUUUUUCCUGCUCAGUUUGUGGUCAAAGAUUCACUCGCAAGAGCACCUUGCUCUUCCACACAAGAACCCACACUGGCGAAAACCCUUUUCCUGCUCGGUUUGUGGUCAAGGAUUCACUCGAAAGGAUUGGUUUAAGAGACACGUGUGUUGGUGUGAGAAGCCUUGGCCAAUGACUGUUUUGCCUGUCAUCCAUGCUGGCUUCAUCAGAUUUUGAACGCAGGAUGAUUGUAUUCUGUAAAGCUUCCUCAAAUCCUUGUUAAGAAUUGCUACUUUUCGUGCCUCAUGUGUGCUUUGUCCAAUCCUUGUAUGAUGUGCAUCCACACUAUUUACAAAAAUGCUCUAUCACCUGAUUUAAUUCUCGUGUCAUUAUUUAUACAAUACCCUCUUUCAAAAUACUUUUCACAGUUAA